AUGCUCCCCAGCGCCCUGACUUGGCACUGCGGGAGCUCCGCGGCGCUGCUCAGCUUGCCCGCGGCGCCGGGAUUUGGCACGCUGGGCAAAAGUUUCCUGAUCGAGAACUUGCUGCGGGCCGGCGGAGCCCCGCCGCCGCAAGCCGCGCACAGCCUGCCCGCCACUCCCAUCCCGCUCAAGCUGUGCCCCGCGGCGGCGGCGGCGGCGGCGGAGCAAGUCAGUCCGCCCGGAGGAGCCUUUCCGAGCCGCGGCUGGCCCUUCCAGGCGUUCCGCCCCCCAUCGGCAGCGGACGGCAGCGGCAGGGCUCCGGCGGACAGAGAAGCUCCUUUCCAGCCAGCAGCCACAGCCCUUCCGAAGCACUUUUUCCUGAGAGCUCCGCCGGUCUAUUCGGCAUGCUGUGGUGGGUCCUGUCAACACCCUGCAUCCCCCACUGCUUUUCCAAGACAGGAAAAUGUUCUGCCUCUUUUAACCCAGGAUUCCAGAUCCCGAAGAGGCAUUUUAAGAAGAGCUGUCUUUUCUGAAGAUCAGAGAAAAGCAUUGGAGAAAAUGUUUCAGAAACAGAAAUAUAUCAGCAAAACAGACAGAAAGAAACUGGCCCUUAAUCUGGGUCUGAAGGAGUCACAGGUUAAAAUCUGGUUUCAAAAUCGAAGGAUGAAGUGGCGGAACUCCAAGGAAAAAGAAGUGCUUUCAAACCGGUGCCUGCCAGAGGAAGGUCUACAGGAGACUUACCUUUCCAAACCAUUGAGUUUUACUUCCCCACCAUGUCCUUCAUGGGAAAUGUCUCAACAACAGUUGAGCCCAAGAUGGCAGAAUAUUCCAGAACAUUCAGAGAGACUGAAUAGCAGAAGUAGCUUGCGGCCACAUUCAAGAGCAAACUUGUCUCAUGACACCUUGUAUUUGUAUAGGAAACAAGUUGCUGCAGAGAAGGCAGUUAAAUCCUAAGGGGGGAAACUGAUGGAGUAAGGACAGACAGACCAUUGACUUCAGGUGACCCUCAGACUAAUGGUAUCUUAAAUGAACACUGAAUUAGCUUAUAUACUUCAUCUUUCGCUAAAAUAAA